AGAAGCGCACGAAAGCGGCAGCCAAGAAGCGCUCUAAGGCUGUUGAAGAGGAUAACUUCAUCAACGACGAGCCGAGCUCAUCUGAUUCUGAGUCCUCUUCGAGUUCCUCAUCGAGUAGUGAGGAGUCUGAUAACGAUGCGGCCUCGGGUUCUGCAAGCAGUGGCGCUGAAACAAAGCGUGAUAAGAAAUCUAAAAAACGUGAGCUCAAGCGCAAGAAGCGUCGACUGCGAAAGCGAACCGAAGAUGAAGAUGUUUCAGCGGCGGCUCCUCGGCAGCAGACUGAUGGGGAAGUGCUCGAGGAGCUCUUCGGUGAUGUCGAUAUCUAA